AUGGAGCAACUCAAGGGCGGUUUGUUGGUCGCCUCACCCGCCAGAGGACAUACCGGGCCGAAACUCAGAAAGAAGCUCAGAAAGACCGUGUCAAAACAACGAAGCACCGUUUCCUGGCGGCUCGGCUUCUCGAGCUCAGCAUCCACCAAGAAUGAUCAAUCCGAAACCGCAGACAAGCCGCCUGUCUUGUCGUUGCCAUCUCCCGACCUGAGCGAUCCAAAAUGGUCAGAGUUCUUCAAGAAUGGGGGAUGCUUUUAUCCACAGGAUGAAUCCGUGAAACCCGCGCAGACAUCGCAGACUUCGGUGUCUUUGGAGUCUUCGAAGCCCUCACAGUCCCCGAAGGCUUCAAAACCCUCGCUCUCAGAGCCCUCGAAGGCCUUGCAGCCAGCAGAAUCACUAGAUACCCUACAUGAAGGCCAGAUUGUUCCCGAACUUUCGCACCUCGUCAUCAGCGACAGUGACGCCCAGAAGCGAAUGUCAAUGUGCUCCAACUCGGAAGCCCCAGCAAGUCCCAGGACGGCCAUGAGACGGCGAGCCAAGACACCCAUAUUCUCAAUAGGACAGCUGGAGGGCAUUCCCAGACCAAGCAACGCGCUGGCCAGGGCAUCGACCAUUGAACUCAUCGCAGAACAAUACCGGGCUCUUUUGGAAUCAGACAACGCAGCUCGUGAGGCGUCACAUUCCGAAUCCCAUUCAGAACCGCCUCCAUCCCGCCAAGAAAGGCGGUUAUCCAUCCGACGCCGACAAAGUUCAGACCAUUUGCGGGAUGAAUCGAGAGCCCCCCGCCCGGUGGAUACGGCUUCUAGCUCACCGAUAUCAGACGAUGGGACGCUGGUGAGCUUCGAGGAGGAGACGGUGUACUUUAAGCCUGUGUCCUUCUCCCCGGAACCAUCACCCCGACCACCGCCAGGCAGCAUCGCAAAUUCGCCGGCGCCUGAUAAUCUGAGUCUGCAGAUAUGUCUGGAUUUGCUUACGAGGGAUCUGGCUUCUGCGCUGGCAAGUCGGCCUAGCAGGACGCAUUCGGAGACGUCGGCGCUGCAGGUUUGGGUUAUGAUUGAGGCUUAUGAACGGCUGAGGGAUCAGUUGGGGAGUGCUGGGCUGGGGUGCGAGGAGUAUGGUGCGUUGGAGGGCAUGUUGAACUUUUGGUUGAGGGCGUUGUAUUCGAUACAUGAUAAUUUGACGGGGGGUGAUCGAUAUAGCGAGAGCGAUUAUGGGGAGGAGCUUUGA